AUCGUUCGUCGCUCCCCUGAAGGGUGAUGCACCUUUGCGGUAACGACGACGCAGAAUCGGCUCCGGCCGCUCAAUUCUACGAAAAGAAUUCCGCAGGUUCAGUGCGGAGCAAACGACGCUUCGUCAUCGCUGAUUCUGGUUUGGCCGCGCAGUUCUUCGCGCGUGUCUUCUAUAUGGCUUUGUGACACGGUUUCAUUUUGUUAUGAAAAUGGCCUAUCAGCUGGACGUUUAUCUGCUGAUCCUGCUAUCGAGCAUGGUCGCGCACCUCUGUUGGUGCGUGCGUUAUAACAAUUACUAUGAGUAUGGUCUUGAGAACGAGAAGAUCUGCCACUCGAUGAACAGAGGACAUACGCACGACAUACGCAAUGUCACCGCGGUGAUCGUCGGGUCCAAGCACUUGUUCGAUCGGUGGAUCGUUAAUUACGAUCGCCAUUGCAAAUUUACCUUCAAAACUGCCAAGGAGGAGGGUCUCAUUGCUAUUAUUCACAACAUGUUUUUCCGUCUCAACGGUACCAAUUGCCUGGAUUAUGUACGGUUUAAAAGGAGUGAUGGUUUCCAAACUGGCAAAUUCUGUGGGACAGUAAAUCUGAACUCGCCAUACUACUCUACAAGUAGUACAUCCGCACAUGGUCACAGUAAUAGCGAAUUCGAACAAAUUUUCAACCACGCAGGAAAACUAGAAACUGAGAUAUUUAUUUCAAAGGAAAGUGUACCAAAGGGUCAAUCUUUGGAUCUGAAAAUAAUUUAUACACCAUUCAGAAAAUGUAGCACAGUAAAUGAACAUCAAUUUACAUCGGUCGGCCUCAAUACCUGUAUUCGGAAGGAGUACAUCUGCGACGGGAUUCACAAUUGUGUUAAGAGUAUAUGCGAUGACGAGAGAGAUUGUCCACCAGACACGGACGUGCUAUCCCGAGAAGAUACCACUACCGAGGUCACCGUGGGUGCAGUCACCACGGUGAUCCUGUGCUUCAUCAUCUUUGUCAUGUGCUUGUGGAUCUGCAAGCGCUCGCAGAAGCUGUGCUGGUCGUCGGAUUGCGCCGGACCAAACGUGUGUUCGAGGCCGGGCUCGUUGCCGCCGGACGUUGAGGGUCCGGCUAAUCGCGCGGUACCUACCGCUCCCAUGCUGGAGGUCGCAGUUUCCUCCCCUGUCGCGGACAAGGACCUGCCGCCCAGUUAUGAUUCGUUGUUCCCAGAACAAAGUAAUCCUGCCAGAUCGUAAGUUAUUCAAUCGUGUUUAGACGUGUCUCAACUUAUCAACGCGUCGUCUAAUGUUUUAAUUAGACGUCGCGUUGUGCACGCGCAGCCAACAACGUGGCCGAACAAGCGUGCAUGUCGUACACGACCGCAUUUGUCCUCUUCUCAGGCUCCUGCAGUCUUCUGCAAAACAGCACGAAGCAAGGAGUCUGUUGCGAAUUGAAGGGUCUUCAUGAAUCGAUGAAUGUACGUAACGUCGAUCUCGAUUAUACUAGAUUCGGCCGGUGCAAUCCUUUAACCUCUCGCAAUCGGGACUCGCAGCUCCUCCGCAUAUUUGAUUGUAUCAUUAUAUGCAUUAUUAUCAUUAACAAUGUGUAACGUACUCGUUUGUUUUUUAUAUAUUAGUGAGAUUUAUAUAUUAGAGUGAGAUUACGAGAAACACAUGCGGUUAAGGUUUUGAACUUAGGUGCAGUUUAGUUAUAAUGUUCUUCUGCCCUUUCGUAUAGCUCGUAAGCAGAGCAAAGGGCUUUUCAGAGGUAUUGGGAAAGCUUAAAUGCAUCGGUGCAUCCGCUGCGCCCUUUUCCCUUUCUCGCCUUUUUGUAUAAUUUUAUUUAUAAACUCGUCAUAUUCCUAAAUUUUUACAUCUUAUGUUUUGUAAUAUUUUGUAAUAAAUAUAGAAAGAACUAAUAUGGAUAAUAUAUGAAGAUUUUGUUAAGUUAUACAUCAGAAAUCCUGAUGACAAUCAAGAAACAAGAGCCUAGGAGUGGCUUUUUGAUAUUCGACGAAACAAUCGUAAUUUCUUACAUCGUAACGAUGCAGUAUUUUAAUUUCCUUAAAUAUGUUAAUUUCUUAACGUGUAGUUGAAAAUUGUAUUCUACCGGUA